UCAGUCCGUGCGCAGUGGCAAGGCCAGCGGCUGGCGAUUUCCUGCUGCCUCUCGGUUGCUGGCUCCGCCGCCGAGGCUGUCACUCCGCCGGAGGGCACUGCAAGGCACUGGCAGGGCAGGAGUGGCCGAGAGAGCCAGGGAUCUGCAGCGCAGCCGCUGGGAACCAACCGGACCUGCCCCCUGGGCAUCGCCUGACCUUUCACUGACUCAGUCCUUUCCCUCUCAUUACAGCGCUGGCAGUUCUGCGGGUCGUUUGAUGGUGGGCGGCGUGAACAUGUCGAGCUGCCGAAGUUGGGCAUGCUGAGUAGUUCUGGGAUUUCCGUGCAAAGUAAACGGGGGGCAGUUGUUCUGCCGGGUGUUAUUGCCACGCCUGUAUUCUCCAGGCAAGUUUCACAUACGUACGGUGACGGUGUGUGUGUGUGUGUGUGUGCGCGCACCGAUCCCCCUGGGUGGAUUGGGGCUGGUGCAUUGGAGAGCAGAAUCGUUCUGGAACGAAAAUCUCGCAGCCUGCUCUAUUGUAGGUACCCGGAGGCUUUUCACCGUAAGAGGCUGAUCUUACCAUGUUGGCGAUGGAGGGCAAGAGAUGCGGGUGAACUGGGUUCCUACUCCCGAUUGCUGUCCCGAGCCUCAGGUUGCCAUGGCUGUUACAAGGCUGUUUGAUACUUCAGAUGCCGUGGAGCUCUCUGCCCCUCAGUGUCUAUACUUGAAGCCGAUUGCCAGGCUGACCAUCAGUGUGAUGCUCCCCGAUUCCAAGGUCUCCCCAAAGCUCAUUUCAAACUGGGAAUUGAUGGAAACCCUGAAGAAAAUGGCAUACCCGGAGCAGAUUACAUCACUCAGAGUCUCGCGAAGCACAAUGGAAUUCAUACGCUUUGAGGCGGAGGUUGAGAAUAAGAACCUGGUGCAAACUGUGUGGGAAAAGUUUAACAACAAGAGCAUCAAGGUGAAUGGAGUCAAUGAGAUGGUAAGGGUUCUGGCAGCUGUGAGCCAAGUCAACUUUCCAAGCCCAUCUGACUGGGAGUCCUUUUUCAAGACUGCUGAGACCAUGAACGACGCUGUUCCCGGUGAAAGGCCAGACACCAUUCACAUGGAAGGGCUGCCCUGCAAGUGGCUUUCUUCGAAGCAGCUCAACAAAGAAAAGCCCAUGGAAGAGAUCCUUCAAAGGGUAUUUGGAAGAUUCGGAGAGAUUCGAAACAUAGACAUUCCCAUGUUGGAUCCCUAUAGAGAGGAGAUGACUGGAAAGAAGUUCAAUACAUUUAGCACUGGUGGCCUUCCUACCUUUGAGGCUUAUAUCCAGUACCAGGAGUGUGCCGGCUUUGAGAGAGCUAUGGCAUCUUUGCGGGGAAUGAAGUUGGUGCACAAAGGAGAUGACGGAAAAGCUCUGGCAUGUAACAUAAAGGUGACUUUUGACACAACCAAGCAUCUGAGUGACUCCGCCAUUGAAAAGCGGCACCUUGAAAGACUGAAGCUGCAGGAGCUGGAGAGACAGCGAGAGGAGCAGAAGCGGCGGGACGAGGAAGAGCAUUCGAAGGAAGUUGAACGAAAACGCAGGGAAGGAGAGCGGGAAAGGGAGAGGAGGCGGAAAGAGAGGCUGAGGAGGAGGGAGCACAGGCAGAAAGAGUGUGAAGACAGACGUCGUCUGCGUAAGCUGUGGAAGGUAGAAGUGGAGAGUGAAAAGGAGAAGAGAGAGGCCAGUGCAUGGGAGGCGAGAAAACUGGUGCUGGCACAGAGAAAGCUGGAUUCCUACAGGCUGCUCACCGUUCUUUUAAAUGGUGCAAAAGAAAUAAAGGUCCAGAGGAGCCACCUUCCUGAGAGAGAGACAGUGAAGUGUGACCAGAAGAGGGGGGGGUGUGAGCGUGCAGGGGACAGUGAACUGAAGAAACCUGAUGAAAAUACAACCGGGAAUAAGGGUUCUCAAAGGGUGAAGUCAGAAAUGUGGAGGCAGAUUAAGGUGCCUGUUGAAGACAUUGAUGGGAAGGUGCGCAAAUCACUGACUGGAUCAAUGGAGCCUUUGUCUUCCCAAGACCCCAACUUUCCUGCCACUUCCUCCCUGCCUCCCAUUGGAUUGAUGGAAGAGCAUAGACUUCCCAGUCUGAACCCAGCCGGGGAAAAAGUCUCAACACCUUAUGAAUCGGAGUCACUGCAAAUUACUGUGACACAAGACUGCAGUGCACACCUGCAUAACUUGCAUGCAGUUGGCCACGAUAACUGCUUGUGCAAUGGAUAUUCACGGAAGGUUACCACUGUAGACCACCAGAUCCGCCAUCGCCUUUACGCGUAUGAGGAUUUUCUCAGUUGUUUGCUGAAUUACCGUCAGCAUGUUUGCCCUUUAGAUUCCAACCAUGCAAGUAUCUUCCACAGUGCCAGCAACCCUGAGGACCACUCAGACUGGCGUAGGACGGUCUCUGACAAUGGGAAAAGCUUUCGAAUAGAUUUGAGGAACAAGUCGAGCCCCCUCUGUAUCGGGACCAGCACCGCAAGGCACAACAGGUGGUCAGGUUAUGACCGUGACUGCAACUAUAGAUGGACAAUCACAGUUAGUGAGUCUGGGGUGCAACAAAGAGCCUUCUGCAGCAGCACCAGCCAUCAGCUGAAAGAAUGCAACAGAGAAUUCCAGGUGCACUGGAAGGAUUCAGGCAGUCAAAUGGAUUUUGAGGAAGAUUUUGCUAGUGCCUACCAACUACACUUAAAAGAUAGUGCUGUCUUGGGUUGCAAAGAGGGGAAGUUGAUCAGCCACCCUGAAUGUCCAAGAAUAGAAAUUAAGAACCCAUGGAUACCUUCCAAGGAACCAUGGAGAAACCCCAUUACCAACUGGAAAGUUUCAAUUACAAACUCUCAGAAUGACCUGGUUCAGCCAAGACUAAAGGACAGUAAUCAAUGCAAGGAUGCAAGUAACCACCACAGCAGUCAAUUGAAUUCCCAGUGCAGGGCUGAACCAGAUUGUUCCAACAAAGAAAGCAUGAAUGAACGGAGUAGGUCGAAUAGAAAAGUUAAGCGUAUGCAUGAAGGAAGUGUUUGCGAGUUUGGUGCUGACAUCCAUUGGUCAAACUGCAAGUCAGGUUUUCACCAAGAUGCCUCAGACCAGAAGUCUGAAACAAACAAUAAUGAUGUUAAGCCUGUUCCAUCUAGAUCCAGGAGCGACCUCAAAUAUUCUUGGAAAGAAAGCGAAAGCAAAUUCAAAGAAGAACUUAACCAUCCCAACAAACCUUGCAUUGGGCACCCGAGGAAAGAUUUAUGGAAUGGGAAAGGUUCAGGGGAUAUCCUGGGAAAAGAGUUGGUCUUGGCUAAUCAACUGUGUGAAGCCUUCAGUGAUGAAGUAAAGCACAAAAAGCAAAGAAAGAACUCGAAGACCAAAAUAAUUCCUGAAGACAAGAACAAUAAACAAAUACACCGCCCUAUGAAUUCUAACAGGGAUUUGAAAACUCAUUGGAAAAACAUGAAGAAUGAAUGUUUAGAUAACAAUUGCAGUUCUGAGAGAGGUUUUGCUAUUCAUCCUGCUUUGCGUGGAGAUCAUUGGUCUGGUGAAAGAGACCUUGGGCUCAAUUUAGGAGCAAAUGGAACCCAGACAUAUUUUCACAAGCAUUUUGCUAGUGACCACAGACUUUUUGAUGUUAAUGUAUGUGAUCAAAAGAUGAAAAAGUAUGAAGUUGAUAUGAGCAAAUUUGAUCACUCCAAGUGAACAAAGGGGGAUUACAAUUAAAGUCAUUUAGGAGUUCUGAGUACAAUGAAUGUCACUCAGCAUUACAUCCUCCAUAAUUUAGUAACAUGAUCAGCUUUCAUCUAAAUACCUAACUUUGUAAAAAUUUCCAUCUGAUCUGGUAAGAAAAUGCAGUUAAAUACUAUGGUGUUUUUCUAAGCCAAAAUAUUUGAAUUAACUGAUUUGAAAACUAAACGUACCUUAGGUAUGAAUAUUGGUUGAGUAAAUUCAAAAGUAUCACCUCUCUGGCUGACCCACAAUCUUCAUUCUUGGUGAACUGAUUUAAGAAAACAAAUCUAUAUUUUAGAGAGUCAACACACAAGAGUAAAAGUACUUCCCAGAAUUUUUGCAACUGUCGGAAAAAGGAAAUACUUUACAAGUGUUUCCAUUAAAUAAAUGGUAAACUGCCUUCUCCUUUCACUUUCCCAAGUCAGUAUGACUGAAGAAAACAAGACCUGCCUGCCAUCUCAUUGCUGUUCGCGGGAUCGUGUUGUGCACAGAUUGACUGCCGUGUUGGUCUGAAUUACACCGAUGACAAGGUAAUUCAUUGACUAAUGCAUUUUAUGGCAGUGUGAGGAUGUGGGAAGUGCUACUUAAAUUUGGUUUUGUUCUUUCUGCAACAAAGUCAAAGAUGCAGCAAGCUGAAACCGAAGUCAGAGCCUCAAUUACGAUUAUGUUCUGGUCUCCCACAUAAGCUCUGAUGAGUCAGUGAAUGAACAUGACCUAUCCUUAAUUCCAAUCCCUAGCAACAUUGUUUUCCCAGUCUUAGUUUGUUCUUUGCUUUAGCCCAUGUCAUUUUUUUCCAGUUAAAAUAUCUCUUAUUAAUCUAUUUUGUAAGAGAUGUCAUCUUCAGCAUUAACAAGUUUCAAAUAAUGUUCAGUUUUCAAAGGUUAAUCUGCACUGUUUGAAUCUUUGUGCUUAAAAUUUAGUUUUAGGUUGUCAAAUAAAUGUAAUUGUUCCUGUAAAAUGUUUAUAAGUAUCCUGCAGCAUUUCUAACGGAGACAAACAGAUGAAGAAAUAGAAAUGUAGAGAUUUGGCUCAGAAUCCUAGCAUUUCAUGAGCAUUACUCACAGCUUAUGUCCACUUUUGGCUAAAGUAACAGUGAUUUGAAUUUGGAACAUUUGUCUAAUCUCCACAGUGACUGGUAUUUAAUUUCUAAUCUGUUCUCUGUUUCUACAAUGGAUGGUGAUUUGCAUUAGGCACUGCGAGUUAUUGCCCAGAGGUUCUAUUAGGCUCAAGCUGAAGGUUCCCCUUUUUAAACCUCUCAAUGAAAACCAGAACAAGUGUGCAAUUAGGUUUUACACCAAAUAUUUGAUACCACUCACCCGUAAACACCCCCAACCCCCAAUCACCCAGCAAUCUAGAGUAGCACCAAAUUCAAAUCAGGUGCUGUGGUAAAAUUAGAAUUUAUAAUAAUGUAAGUACUUAUAUAGAUUAUAUAUUUUAAUCCACUCACAAGUCCAAGAGGAAAUCUGCUUUCGAACAUCACAUUCCAGCUUCAAACUCUGAUUUGUUUGGGAGGUUAAAAUUCAAAUUCAGAAUAUUUAAAGUUAAACUUUUCCCGAAGUAGAUUUCAUUCACUGUGAAUUAUAAACGGAUAAAUACUUCUGUUGUGUUGGUAUCAGCAAAGCCCAGCUAUGAUUCAGACUUGCAAUGUUUAGGUGGAAUUCUGCCUAAUAUUUGAAGACCUACUUGCUGGUUGAUAACGUUUUCUAAUAGACCAUGAAAACAUAAUAUUUGGGAACUUCAAAAAAAAUAUGUUGCACUUGUACCACAAGUAAUGUAAGAUAAAAGUUCCUUGAGAUCCACCUGAUUAUGACUGUAUUUAUGUGCUAUCAUUUGCAAUAUCUCCUGUUUGUUCCUUAAGUGUAAAGGGAAAGAGGUACUGUGUUUAUUUCCUGUAAAAAAUCUUUUAUCCGUUCAUCCUGUAUGUAACAUUGUACUGCUGAUAAUGAUAUUAGUGACAAAACUCCAAGGAUUUAUGAUGUGAAAGUAGUUCCUACUGCAU